AUGCCCAAUAACUCACUGCUGCCGAGCGCUCUGAACCCGACGUGCGAAGAACUGGAGACUUCUGAUGAUGGCUUGGACGAUAACCGACCAGCACUGACGAAAAUCUGGUCACUCGUCGCCAACCAACUUGCUGAGGAGCAUCGUACUCUGCAGGAUCAGCAACAACUUCUCAUAAGCCGAUGGGACAGCAUGAGAGAUCUGCUCGUAGACGAAGAAAACCGGAUACAGGUCUACGCUCAUCGAUUGGAAGUGAAGGGUACCGAGCCUCGGCCGCUAUUCCGCUCACUGACCGAACAAGCCUCGAACCGUGAAGAGCAUCGACUUGCCAAGAAUCCAUCAUCCUUUCCUGAAGAACAGAGAAUCGCUUCGACUGCCCGCACGGAGGGGCAAAAGGCGCAGGAUUCAUCGCUACGGCAGAAGGCAGCAGAGGAACAAGACCGAAAGCUUCACAACCUCGAGCAGGCCAAUGAAUGUCUCCGAAACCAGCUCACGAGUCUCAACAAUAAGCUUGGCGCAGUGACGAAGGAACUUGCUACGGCCCGGGAGCGGUGCGCAAGUUCGGAGUGCUGCGUCCACCUCAUUCAGGAUCUCGAGGACCGAAGGGCCAGGGCGGACGAGGUAAUUCUUUUGGUCCAUGACCGGCUUGAAAGUCUUCAGAAAAGACACCAGAAAGCCGAAAAGGAUAUGAGUCGAUUAAGGCAUCAAGGUCGCAACAAGGACUUGACACAUAAGCAACAGCUCAGCCUGCGAAAAACCGAGUACUGCGAACUUGAACGCUGCCUCGAUGAGAUCACCGAUGAACGUGACAAGCUGCGUGGUCAGUUGAACAGAGUGCUGACUGAAUCAGCCACUCGUCUUACCAGAAUUCGAGUCCUGGAAAGCGAGCACUCCGAGCUCGUGUCUGAAAGACGAGAGAGACCGCAUCCUGUCAUCCAGGAUUGCCGUCGUGGAGCAGAAACUCGCGAUCACAACAGAGACUCUGGACAAGAUCCGACUACAAGCAAACACGUCUCCGAGACUCCGACGAUAUGGCGACGACCUUCACACACUGGAGGUCACGCCCGGGAAACUAUGUAA